CCCCACUGCACUACCUAGAAGCAGGAAGUAGCAACGUUUAGUGGAUCAUCCAUGCAGCUGAAACCGAAAAACAAACCUACAAAAUUAUAAUUUAGUCAGAUGUGGAUUUUUUGAUGUACUGCUGAGGCCAGCAGCUGAAUCUUGUAAUCUACAUAUCGCGUGGACGCGUUCGGGCAAACAAGAGCAUGGGGCAGCAUCUUGGAAAACGUGAGCCACUUUCUGUUGCUAAGGGAUCAUCAACCGUAUCUGAACACAUCCCAGCAGACUCACCGGUGUCACAGGAUGAGGUAUUUGGACUGGGGGAGGCGGACCUCAACCAGAACAAUGGGUGCUCCAGCAAGAGUCCGGUGGUGACUGACUCCAUGAACGCUGCAGUAGAUCACAGCAGCUGGAACCAUCCGAGCACAGCCGACCCUGAUGCCUCGGGGCCCCGCCCACACUUGGUCCGCCUCUUUUCUCGAGAUGCCCCGGGUCGAGAGGACAACACCUUCAAACACCGCCCCUCGGAGUCUGAUGAGCUGCAGACCAUCCAGGAGCACAGCGGAGCUGGCUCAGAGUGCGGUUCCGAUUGUGCAGAGUAGGACCUAAAGUAGAUUUCCUCUUUGCCUUCACUUUCCUCACUCCUAUUUUGGAAACCAAACGAAACCAAAAACACCGCUGUAGAGAUUAAAGCUAACACUUCAGCAUGGCAUCUGCAAGCACUUCGCAGUCAACAUUCAGGCUGGGCCGCAGUAAGAAGAACCCUACUGUUAUGGAUCAGAUCGGGAAGUUCUUUGGAGGGGAUAAAAAGAAGAAGGGAAAGGUGAGGAUUGAGCAGGCAUUCCGAGUUCUCCACAUGAGCCUUUACUACUGUUCUAUUUGCAUGGAUUUAUCUUGACCUUCAGUUAUUGUUUGAUUCCAAUAUAGCCACCAGUAAAUGAGUUGUGUGUGAAUUAUUAUUAUUAUUUUUUACUUUUAUCUCUUUAUCUCUGUUUAUUACACAUUGCUGUCAUAUAGUAUCCAGUAUUUAAUAAAGCUGCAAUUUGAUAUAGGAUUUAACUGUGAUUCAGGGAUUCAGCAUACGGUGUGAUGUUUAUAAACAUGACUUUUAGCUUUUAUUAGCUUUUAUAAAAUGUAUUUGAAAUGCCUGUGUAACAAAAUUAAGUGUUUUUAUGACUUUUCACUGACAGCAACUGCAACGUUGAAAAGUUCUGUAGUAAUCAGAAAAGACGGUACAUAGAGCAAAUUGUACAAUGUUUGGUACUAUGUCUCAACCAGGAUGUUUAUGUUGGCGGAGAGAAUUUGGUAGCACUUUAUUUUACAGUCCUGUUCCUCAUGUACAUACUAUGUACUUAUUAUAGUAAUUACAAUAACUAUGUUAUAACUAGGUACUAACCCUGAACCUACCCCUAAACCUAACCCUACCCCAUGUAGUUACCUUGUAUUACCAGAACUUUCUUAGAUAAAUACACUGUAAGUACACUAUAAGUACAUGGUAGUACAUGUACUGUAAAAUAAAGUGCAACCGAGAAUUUUCACAUAUCUAUUACAUUUUCUUAUACAGUAUGUGACCGAUAAAUAUUUUAUAUUUUAUAGCCGUUUUUCAAAUCCAUUUAUCUUAUAACAUCAUGGUGUUAAGGGAGCACCUCAGGGUUUUACAGGGUACAGACGGUGACCAUUACUGAUCAGUUUGGUUUCUAAAAGGAAUUUACAUCGUUUUGGAAAUUAUUAUUAAUAUUUGUUAUGCUUGUGAAAUUAUGCAGUUUCUAGAGCCUUAACUUUUAAGAAAAGAGGGAGAUAAGAAUUAUUAUUACUUUCCUUUUCUCUCAAAAAAAAAGAUAUUUAAGCUGUUAGGUGACAAACAGCAAAGUUGGGAAACUCUUUUGCUUUGUGGGAGAGGUGAAAUGAGAUCUUGAUGUAAGUUUAUAUUUAAAGUGCCAUAAGAUGGUUAAAAUGUAACAUUGCAGAAUUACUGACUCAUGCAGUGUGUAAUGUUUUGAUUAACUAGUUUCAAUAUAGCUAACAUUUUUUUUGUGGGAAAAAAAUAAUGUGACCGAGAUUGAGAUGUCAUAGUUUCAGUUGUAUAAUAGUUUUAUCUCAGACCUACAUGUUGCUGCUUUAACCAGAUUUCUCAAACAUGCCUCAGGUUAACUCAUCUCUCUAAUGUGAUCUAUAAGUGUUAAUGCCUCACUAGUAACCCCUAUAGAUUGUGUCCCAUUUGUAACAACAAUAGAUUGUGUAACCUACAUAUUCUGGAACAACCCUGAAGAUGUUCUUUAGCCUGAUCCUGUCCUGAGCUCUUUGACAUUUGCUUGAUUAAAAUGUAUGUAACAUGAACAUUGGCCUUUUUGUUUAUUUGUUUUCUAAUAGUGAGACAAAUUUGCGCUUUAAAAAAAAGAUUUGUUGCUAUGUGCAUUUUUGUUUUUUUACUGGUGUGGUCACAAUGUGAAUUCGAAAUUGCCAAAGUAAACAGUUGACAGGUCAGGUCAAAUUCAUAUGCAUGAGCAAGAUUAAGCAGUUUUUGAAAAGUAUUAAUGGAAAUACAGUUUGUUUUAAAUAUAUCCAUUGUCAAAAAGUCUGAUGAGAUUUUAAUUAAAGAAACAUCCUUGUAAUAUUAAAAGAUCCUAUGAUUAUUUUUCACUGACAGGAAUCUGUUAAUAUUUAAAUACAGGAAAUACAUUUUAACAUUAGUUAAUAAACCAUGGAUAUGAAAAAACUAUAGGUUCAGUUUAUUAUUCACAUCCAGCCUUUCCUUGCUACAAGUGUUGGGCAAUAUAGUUAAAAAAAAAUAAUUAUUAUUGCUAUUAAUUAAAUUAUUACUAUUUGACGAUAUAAAUAUUUAGAUUAAGUUGCUUUGACGUCAUUUGAAAGGUUUCUUCAGAAAAUCCAAAAUUUUGAAACUUCCAGUGUAGCCAGUUAGAUUCAAAAGUGUUAAUGCAACAAGUGAAAUACAGUGGAAAUAAAAUGCAAUGUCUAACCUUACUAACAAGCAAAAUAACUAACAGUAUAUGGAUUGACCCGAUGACUCAGCGAGGCAGCGGUUUCAUUUUAAUAGUAAGAUGUAACCGAAUGCAAGGGGGAAAAUGUGUUGAUGUAUCUGUGAGAGGAAACUGGGCACAAUGCCAUUGAGGUACAAGGCUUCAUAAAACACAAAACAGGAUUGUUCCAAAACAGAACAUUUGUUUACGGUGGCCACCUUAUUUUCCUAAACAUCAUAGAACACUUAAAAUGUGAAAGCGCAGGACCUUUCCUUACUGAGUCACAGAUGGUGAGUCCAGCCCCUUCAUAUGGUUCCUGUGGUGUUCCUCCCAUCUCUCCUUGGCCAUCAUCCUUCACUUAACCCAAAGACCAAACCUGGUGUCAGAUAUGCAAGACAGGAAGCUGUCAAAUUAGAAAUAUGUGUACAAGAACAACACUAUAAAAAAUGCAUAUUCACAGAGGCAUUUUUUUCAAGUCAAGCAGAAAAUUCGAAUAGUUCUAAUAUCAAAAAAUUCUAAAGACUGCGAGAAUAUGCAUUUUAAUAUUUUUAUUUUUAUUUGCUGAUACAGUAACUCAUUUUUUAUAAUAUAUUGAGUCAGGAGUUGUAGUCAGACUGACAGGCUAAGAUCAUGCAGACUAGUAAAGCCAGCAAUAGUGGUCAGGCUUAUUGGUGAGUGUCUGCAUAACAAUCUUGCUGGUUAUUUAGGUCUCUGUUGCAGUUUUAGCUUGUCCUGGCAUGAUGUGUUUGUGGCCUUUGCUGAUCACCUGCAUAGUGUUUGUCUAUGUUUAGGAAGGGUUGUGUUAUGGUCUUUGCUGUAUGCGAGUGAACCAUCUGUCCUGUGGCCUGUAUCAUGUACUUUAUCAAGAUAAAAAAAAUUCUAAAAAAAAAAAAAAAAAAAAA